GCAUUCUACAUCUAUGACCAAUCAUACGUUAGCACGGCAUAUCUAUCCUAUGCCACGAUAAUUUUGAUAGCUCUCAUUUUGGUUUCUUUGGGGAGUUACAGUACUAUUGAGAGACCAAGAAACGCUAAAAUAGCCAACGAGAAACACCCCUUAUUUGAUCCAUCGGAUCGCGAUGAAACAUCAAUAGCCGAAGCGAUGAUUGAUGAGACUCAUGCCUUUGCCAUGCCAGUGUUGGCCGGUAUUGCUCUCAUAGGCUUAUAUUUUGCAAUACGAAACUGGGAUAUCGAGAAAAUCACCAGAAUUUUAAACGGCUAUUUAAUCAUCUUGAGUGUCAAAGCGAACUCUUUUACGAUCUCCUUUCUGAUAAAAGUCACAGCACGCAAGAUAUGCCACCAUCUAGGUUUUAAUUCGCUACGAUUUGUCAAAAGAUAUGCCUUUACCAUAUCUCAGGACGAUUUAUUUCACUCGGCAGGGGUGGAAGAAAACUUCCUGCUCCCCGACUCCACAGAAGCCGAGAAAAUCAUCAAAAGUGAGAUGCUCUUGGAGUCACGUGUGAAUAUCAAAAAGGAAAAUCAAUUGUUCAAUUUCUACUGUUCCACAGCGGAUAUCUACGGAUGGUUCUUUGGAAUUGCUCUCUCCAUUGUGUUUGCUUUACUAGAUGGCAAAAACAACUGGAUAUUGAGCAACAUAUUUGGUGCGUCUUUCACGAUCUUUGGCCUUUCUGUGAGUAGAUUACCCAGCUUUAGGCCAGCAUUGAUCAUGCUGAUUCUCUUCUUCAUCUACGAUAUUUAUUUUGUCUUCGGAUCUAACGUCAUGGUUGAUGUUGCUACCAAAAUUGAUAUUCCUGUCAAAAUGCUUGUCCCUAGCAAGCUGUCAAGCGAGAACAACGAGGUUCAGAUGUCAAUCUUGGGUCUCGGAGAUAUGAUCGUGCCUGGUCUCUUCAUUUCGCUCUGUUUGAGGUAUGACCUAUAUAGAUAUCAUGAGCUGCAUCCAGGCACAGAGUUUCAUCACCUACAAAAAAUUGAUAAGCCAUACUUUUACAGUGCCCUGAUCGGUUAUACAAUAGGGCUGAUAUCCACCGUGACAGUGCUACAUGUUUUCAACCGUGCACAGCCGGCACUAUUAUAUCUGUGUCCUAGUAUUAUCUUAUCAACAUUAUCGACAGCCCUCUAUAGGGGAGAAUUGAAGGGUCUUUGGGAAUACAACGAGGAGGAGAGAGCCACCACGAUCGAAAAGCCCAUUGAUUUUGUCUGUUCUCCAGAAACACUUCUCCUGGCAGGGCCUUUGAUUUCCAGUGAUGAUGAAGAGGAAGACCGCGACUACAGUCCGGAAAUAUUUUCAGACUCGGACUUCUAGAUUAUGUAAGUCGUAUUUCUUUCCAGCAAUUAUCUCUCCUAUGUCUUGGGAACAAACUAAAUUCUCCUUCUCUCCACGAUCCCGCGGCUGCUACUUGGUCACCGACGAGGUAUUAAAGAACCUCCCACAAAUCAAGAAGUAUAAGGUUGGAAUGCUCAACUUGUUUGUUCAACACACAUCUUGUGCUUUGAGUUUGAACGAAAACUGGGACCCCGAUGUCCGUACUGACAUGACGACUGCCUUGAACAUGAUCUGCCCUGAUAAUGGAGGUGGUAAGUGCCAAUUCAUUCAUACAGACGAAGGCCCUGAUGACAUGUCAGGGCACGUCAAAUCUUCCUUGAUAGGAGCAUCCCUCAACAUUCCCAUUAGCAAUGGAAGGCUGGCAACAGGUACAUGGCAAGGCAUUUGGUUGCUGGAGUUCAGGGACUACAGACACACUAGACAUUGUGUGGCUACCAUCAAUGGGCUCAAGGAGUAAGCCGGGUUAUCUAUUUAUUUAAAUGUCAAUAUCGAAAAAAAUAUUAUAUAAAAAA